UAACUGUGUGGGUGGUGGGGUGGUGGAGGUGGAGUAACUGUGUGAGGGGUAAGAAGUAUCACAGGUUGUAUGCGUCCUUAACUGAUGCAUACAUGUAUGUUUCGAACUGAGCUGGAUAAAUACUGCAAAUCUCUUCACCCUCUGCUACGAGAACUGCCUCCGAGUAAUCCUUCGCUGGGUCUAACCUCGAAAUUAGAGUCAAGAACUGGUUUUCUGAAAAUGUUGAGUAUCUCUCAAGAGUGGUGCAGCGCUGUCAGAAGGAGCUGCCUUUGCUCCGACACACAGCGGUGGAGCCGUACGUAGAGGUGGCUGGUGAUAACCUAGGGGCAAUCAAGGAUAUCAAUGAUUCGACUGCAGGAGGGCUCGUGUAUACUCACCGGUAUAUGUACAAUGGUGUGGACAAAUCUGGUUCUGUGGACUGGUACGGCCUCUCCAAUAUUCACCUGCUCAAAGCAGAGACCUCCAUCACACUACAUGGAAUCGUUGAGUCGUUUAAUAUCAACACCAACAAAUGGAUUGCACUGUACGUCUUCAAGCGACUCAGGUUUCUGGGAAGCAAGACUCUCUCUCUUCUCAUCUCCCUCACCUUUGUCUCCCUGUGGCAUGGCGUAUGGCCGGGCUACGCUCUGUGCUUCUCACUGGAGUUCAUGCUGCUGUUUGCUGAGAGGAGUUUCAUCAGCUUCAUGAAAUGGUUGCUCGGUGGUACACUGUCAGAGUUUAGCCUGCCCCUCAGAGCUCUCCUCACACUGGCAGCCUUUAUCCUCAGGAAUGUCCUCCUCUUCUACCCUCUCAUGCUUUUCAUGCUCCUCUCCUGGGACCUGUGUUUCAAGUUUAUGAGCUCUGUGUAUUUCAUGGACCACAUCAUUGUGAUCGUUUGGUGCUUCCUCUUCUACACCGUCCUAGCCAACGUCAUCAGAAAGCCAAAACCAAAGAAAGAUGAAUAAUAAGAAUAAAGUAAUAUUGAAUACUCGAUCGUGACUAUUUUUCGUGCACCAAUAUUUAUAUAUUGUUUUGCUUUCGUAUGGCUUCUAACAUAAUUAUGUUCGUUGUUAUGGUUACCUACCUACAUGUUUCUUGUCUGCAGCAUGCUUUCAAUACUAUCAUUUUUUGUGGCAAAUUGAAUCAAUUAAAUAAUAAUUUGUGAGUUGAUUGA